AUGUAUGUCGCAACUACACCGCCCCGAUUAACCCCCCGCGGGUCUUCGGCCGCACGCACAAGACGCCCGUAUUUGCGCUUCGCCCCACUCACACGCGGUGCCGCUGAGCAGGCGGAGGACACAAACGCCGCGAGUCUCAGUCUGACGAGUGUCUCGCAGUCUUUCAACCCCUCCCCAACCUCCGACACUCAACGAGGGAAAAGGGAGGAGCCCCAACUCAUCACCCCAUCGCCACCAAUGGGAGGAGACAGUAAAGGACGACCACCAAGACGACAGAUGAGUGAAAGGAGUAGUAGCAUUAGUACUAGUACGUGUUCGACAUAUGAUAGACGGCAAAGUCAAUAUGGUCAGAACUGUCAAAGAUUAUCCACUCCAUCUCCACGAUCUUCUAUCUUGUGUUCAGAUAUAAGUUCGAGUUUUAAUGAAGAAUAUAGACGUCAGAGUGCUACACGUUGUACGGUUCAACCACUUAGUGAAGAUGAAGGAGCACUUGUAAAUGCCGCAUAUAAAAAAUAUGUUCAGUCCAUUGAUAGACCUGCUUGUCUUCUUAUUCUUUUGCAAGAAUUGGGAGCCAGUGAUAGUCUUGCAGAUUGUGAGACUUGGUUGCAGCAACUAGAGAAAUUUUUAUGUAUCUCUAGGGAUCAACUGGUUGGAAGUAGUUUUUCUACUACAGAAGGAACAGCAGAAUCCGAUAAAACUUUAGGAAAACAUCAACGCGUUCUUACAGAAGAGGAAGUAAAUUACUUUGCCACAUGGUUAAAAACUACACGUGGUGAAUUAUUUGCGCCACGAGCAACACCAACAGAUACAUCUAUUCCCGUGAAUGGAGGUAAAAACACCAAUACAAUAUCCUCAUCCUUAGCAGCGACCAAUAGUACCUCCAACACACCAGCAACAGCAAAAGCAACAGUAGCCAGUACUGAAAAAGGAAAAAAUUCUAACCGUCCGUCUAGCAAUCGUAGUGCGCAGAAAGAUGGGUCUUCUGAGCGAAGAAGAGUUCGUCGUAUUAACUGGUGUGAUGCACGGAAGGCGUUAGCGCCGGUAUUUGCCCAAGAGCGAGAUGCAAGUUCUCCCCGACCAACAAAACCCACAACCUCAUCUGCCUCUCCAGCAUCACACCCACUCCCACCACCAAACACACCUACUCCCUCUACGCGUGGAUUUUUGUUGGAGCGACAGUCCUUCGCAGAACUCGGCGGUGGCCACAACGGCAGCGGAGCCGUACGACUUGUGGAUCUCAAGCGCAUGUUGCGAUCAUUUCACGUGGAGGCGAACUUUGAUGAGUGUGUUGGCCGCAGUAUUGAUAUGGAACGCACUGGUUGGAUUAACUUUGAAGAGUUUCUGUGGGUGCUGGAGUACGGUGUGCGGGGCGAGGGACCGGCGGCGGAUAUCCACGCCCAUCUCACCGCACCGCUGAAUGAAAGUGCGGCCUCCAGUCACUCACCGCAGCGGCCAAGAAGCCGAACUCCAAACAGUCACCAGAGAGGGAAAAACAAUCCACAGCAUACAACAAGUAUGAACACAAGCUACAGCCAUAAUGGAUCAACAGAUCUCAGUGGUCGCCGCCGACGUCAAUCACGACGCUCCAAUCGAAAUGUGCGGCUUCCAUCCGUGCGGUCGGGCUCCGCGCGGCGGCGGGAGAAAAAAGCGGGUCGCCCAGCGACGGCACGAGGGAACUUGGGUGCGGUGGAAGAGAUCCGCCGUGAGUUUCUCGCACGCAUUGUGAAGUUGUCGCCCUACGCCGCCACGCCUGAGCCGCUUCGACGGCAAAUCCAACAAACACACGAUCAUAGUGGGAAGCUGCAGCCGCAUCCCCCACGCAGGCGUUCACGCAGACGAUCUUCACAUUCACGUGGGCGGCGGGGGACCUCGCGGGCGAAGAGCGCCGGGGCACGGGCAUUCUCUGGGGAUGGUUUCGAUAAGAAGGCGAGUACUCCACAGCGUGAUGCCGCGGCACGGAAACUGCAGAUUCUGCGUGAGCGACAGGCACGAUUGACGAAGAAACUGCAGUCCCUCACGGCCUUACCGCUAAGUGAUCAAGAGGGACGACAGCGGAGUGAAGAGCUGCACUGUGUACAGGAGGAGUUGAACACCGUGUUGGAUCACAUCGCGUCGACGCUGCGUGAUCUUUCCGCCGCUGGGGAAUCUGGAGACUGUGAAGGACAGCACUCAACAGACAAGAGAGACUCCAAAGUAUGA